GUCAUGAGCUUAAGACUAACUAAUUAAUAAUAAUUCAUGGUUUGAUCUAGAUAUUUUGAAAUUUUUAAAGCAAAUUGGUAUUUGAUGAGACCCAAAAGAAGUAUGGCUUCAAGAAUUGGAUUUGAGGCACUGAGGGCUGAUUAUAAUGACCGUUUAUUAACGGCGUUUGAGACAAAAACAUUUGACGAGUUACUAAGUCAUUAUCAUGAGAAUAAAUCCUCUGAUUAUGACAAAAAAGCAGCUGUGGAACAAGUAUUUCGAGAUGUGCUACUCAAAUUUCUUAAAAAUAAAGAUUUAGAUUUGUUAGGAAAUUUAGUAACAUUUUGUAUUGAAUGUGCUAAAGCGGAAAUGACUGGACCUACAAUGCCCGUGGUUCUGCUAGGAGAUAUAUUUGAUGCACUUACUUUGAAAAAUUGUGAAUCUAUGUUCUGUUAUGUUGAAGAUAAUGUAGCUACGUGGAAAGAAGAGAUAUUUUUCAUAGCUUGUAAAAAUAAUUUGCUGAGGAUGUGCAAUGAUUUGCUCAGAAGGUUAUCACGGUCACAAAAUACAGUGUUUUGUGGACGAAUCUUACUUUUCCUGGCUAAAUUUUUUCCAUUCAGUGAAAGAUCAGGCUUGAACAUAGUCUCUGAGUUUAAUUUGGAAAAUGUAACUGAGUUAUCAACUGAAGAUUCUGAUCUCAGCUUGAAAGAGUCUCUUGAAACAGAUAAAGAUGACGACAAAAAAGUUAAAAUAGAUUAUAAUUUGUAUUGUAAAUUUUGGUCACUACAAGAGUUUUUCAGGAAUCCAAAUCAGUGUUAUAACAAAGUACAAUGGAAAGUAUUUACUUCACAUACAACAAAUGUUUUAUCGGCAUUCAGUAGUUUCAAACUUGAUCUUUUACAAACUAAACAAAUAUCUAAGCAUGUUAAAAAGGAUGAACAAAUGGAAGUAGAUGAUGAAAUUAAAAAAAUAUCAAGUGAAGACACACAUUAUUAUGCAAAAUAUUUAACAAAUCAAAAGUUGUUGGAAUUACAGCUAUCGGAUUCAAAUUUUCGCCGAUAUGUACUAGUACAAUUUUUAAUUUUAUUCCAAUAUCUGAAAUCUACAGUUAAAUUUAAAAGUGAGGGGCAAGUUUUGUCAGGGCCUAACAUUGAUUGGGUUAACGAAACUUGGAAUCAAGUCCUUUCUUUACUUGGUGAAACACCUCCUGAUGGUAAACAAUUUUCUUCUGCUGUUGAACAUUUAAUGAAUCGAGAAGAAGCAUGGAAUGGUUGGAAAAAUGAAGGCUGCCCAGAAUUUAAGAAACCCACACCAGUGAGUUUAGAUACUGAAGAUGGUGACAAGAAAAGUAAGAUUUCUGAAAAAGUACUUAAUCGAGCUAAAAGGCCCAGGAAGCUUUUAGGAGACAUUUUAAAAGAAAGCCAGGCUCAAGGAAAAUUUUAUAUGGGACAUGAUGAUUUGACAAAAUUGUGGAAUCUAUGUCCUGAUAAUAUGUUAUCAUGUAAAGGAAAAGAUCGUGACUUUUUGCCAGGUUUAGAAUAUUUGGAAAAUACAGGAAAUGAUUCAAAUAACGAAUGGCGUGCAUUACGUCUAGCAGCUAGAAAAUGCCCACAGUUUUAUACAAAUAGUUUCAACACAACUGGUAAACUUUCCGAUUUCUUAAAUCAAAUUGCCACAAGUUCAAAUGUAGAAGGAAAAGAUUCGAAACAGCCAUUAUCCCCGGAAACAAAUCAAACAGAUGAGACAGAAAACUUUUCUGAACCUAUUGAUUCAGAUUUUUUGAAAACGGAAAAUGAAGCACAAAUGAUGGAGCAGCCUUCAACAAAACCUAAAGUUGCAACACCCGGACAAAUUGAUAUUCUUUCUAUUAAGAUUGCAAGUGAAUGGAAAAAACUAGCUACCAAACUUGGCUAUACAUCUGAUGAAAUAGAAUUUUUCGAGUCAGAAAAUAAAACUCCAGCUGCAGCUGCUAAAAAAAUGCUGCAGUUGUGGUUCGAAGAUGAUGUGGAUGCAAGUUUAGAUAACUUAGCCUAUACGCUAGAAGGUUUAGGAAUGAUUGAUGGUGCUGAAGUUAUAAAAACUUUUGAAUGAGCAUAUUGAUUGUGAUAAAAUAUAAGUGGAUUUCAUUUAUCAAGACAGUGUGCAUCAAUAUUUGAUGUCGCGUUUUGUAUUAAAGUGUGUUUUAAAAUAAAAACAAUAUUUUCUAGAUCUUGAAUUCGUUUUUCAGCUUCAUUUAUAGCUGUGUUAUCACAAGGCUUUGGAUUAGUAACUGCAUCAAUGUUUCGUUGAAUGCAAUUAUGUUUU